AUGAGCAAGGCGGAAGCGGUCCUCGUCGGCGUGGUGAUGGGGAGUAAAUCGGACUGGGAAACCAUGCAGCAUGCCGUGGAGAUGCUGAAGCGAUUCGAUGUGCCGCAUGAGUACCGCAUUGUGUCGGCCCAUCGUACGCCGCAAUGGAUGAACCAGUAUGCCGAAGAGGCCGAAUUGCGGGGGCUGGAAGUGAUCAUCGCCGGGGCUGGCGGGGCGGCCCAUUUGCCAGGCAUGAUCGCCUCGCAGACGACGCUGCCCGUGCUGGGAGUGCCGGUGCAAAGCCGGGCCCUGCAGGGAUUGGAUUCGCUGCUCUCCAUUGUGCAGAUGCCUGGGGGAGUGCCUGUGGGCACCUUGGCCAUCGGGAAGGCGGGAGCCACGAACGCGGCUUUGCUGGCCGUGCGGAUGUUGGCCACCUCGCGGCCUGAGUUGCGAGCAAAGUUGAAGGACUUCCAACGCGAGCAAACGGACAAAGUGAUUCUUCCCGGGGCCACGAUUGGCGUGCUGGGUAGCGGACAACUCGGACGGAUGUUCGCCCUUUCGGCCCGACGCUUGGGCUACCGCGUGCAUACCUACUCGCCCGACUACGACACGCCCACCGGUCAGGUGGCCGAUCGCGAAGUGCAGGCCCCUUACGAAGACCUCGACGCGGUGGCGAAGUUCGCCGCGGAGGUCGACGUGGUGACCUUCGAGUUCGAGAACAUUCCGCUGGCCACCACCGAUGCCGCAGCCGAGCACGUGGCGGUGCGUCCCUCAGGCUCGGUGCUGCACGUGGCUCAGAACCGGCUGCGUGAGAAGGGGACGCUCAGCGGGGCGGGCAUCGCGGUAACGCCGUACUGGGAGAUUCGCUCGCUCGAACAACUUCAAGCCGCGUUGGCCGAGACGAAGGGUUCGGCCGUGCUGAAGACGGCCGGUUGGGGGUACGACGGGAAGGGGCAGGUUCGCAUCGAUGGGGCCGCGCAGGCCGCCGAUGCUUGGGACAGCUUGGAGUUUGACGAGGCUGUGCUCGAGCAGUGGGUCGAUUACGAACGGGAAGUUUCUGUGGUGGCGGCCCGGGGGCUGGAUGGGCAGAUGGCCGACUUCGGCGUGAUUCAUAACGAGCAUCGCAACCAUAUUCUUGAUGUAUCGGUGGCCCCGGCCGAUGUGUCGCCGGCGGUGCAGAAGCAGGCCGUAGAGAUGGCCCAUGCCGUGCUGGAACAAUUGGACGUGGUGGGCGUGUUGUGCGUUGAAUUCUUCCUCACCACCGACGGACAACUGCUGGUGAAUGAAAUUGCCCCCCGGCCACACAACUCGGGGCAUCUCACGUGGGACGCCUGUAUGACCGGGCAAUUCGAGCAACAGUUGCGCACCAUCUGCGGGCUACCGCUGGGGUCGACUGAGUAUCUCCGCCCGGCGGCGAUGGCCAAUCUACUCGGCGACGAGUGGGAAGGGGGAACGCCCAACUGGGCCGCCGCCUGUGAAUUCCCCGGCGUUCAUCUGCAUCUCUACGGCAAGCAAGAAGCCCGCGUUGGCCGCAAGAUGGGCCACAUCACCGCGCUGGCCGACACGCCCGCGGAAGCCAAGCGGUUGGUGACCGAAGCCCGGGCGGCACUGCAACGACCGGUUAGGUAG